UUGAAAAUGAAACAAAAAAAAGGCCACCCAAAGUGUUUGAAAUUUGAAAGUUGUGAUUGUUAAUAAUAUUCCAGGGCAACCCAUCCAAGCAAACAAAAGAACUCCAAUCCUCGACACUUUUUAUUAUUAUCUCCCAAUAAAGGAAUACCCAACAAAACAAAGCCCCACGCGCUUGAACUCGACACACCUUUCAAAAGAACAAAAAGCAGCAGCUCUUUCACUCUGCGAACAUCGCCGGUGUCUUCUUCUCCGGCUACGUCUCAGCUCCGUCCGUCGAUAAUCUCGUCUCCUCAGUUCAAUCCUCCAUGGUUCGUUUAGGGAGGAUUGAUGGUUUACUGUUCUCAAAAUUUUACUGGGUUUGAUCGUUUUUGAAUAUUAGUCAACGUUUCCACCUUUUGCGGCUAAGUAGGAACCGAGUUUCGUGUUGAUCUAGGAACUCAGUGUUAAUCUGUGACGGGCAAGUUGGAUUUUCAUUCUCAACGGAACAGGGAUUGUUAAUUUUUCCACAUCUUGCGGUGCCAAAUAAUUUAAGUCAAUCAUCAGAACUUGACAAAUCCCAGGGAAAAAAGUGCCCAUUGUUUCAGCACAGUUAAGAAGUGGUACAAAAAGCUAGUAACCUUGUUUUAGGUUUCUAUGCAUUCAUCAUUUCUGGUUGUGUUGAUGAACUUAGAUGGAUGUUCCCUCUUCGGAACUGCAUUCUGAAAAUCAAACUGACACUUGUCCAUUAUUAAUGGAGCGAUCAGAGAACUUUAGUGAACAUAUUAUUGACAUACCAAGGAGUGGUGAUAUUUCCUCAUCAAACUUGUCUCAUGAAACAACUUCAAAUGGGUUGGAUGUUUUGCAGCGUGAAGACAGACCUUCUACAAGUGCGAGAGUGCUAGUUUCUCAACCUUCAACAUCUUCUUCCAAUGGUUCAAACUCAAGAACCUCAUCUUCUGUAAGGAGAGGGGAUGCCCGUCGCCGGAGGAGUCCAUUGAAUUCUGGUUUGUGGAUUUCUAUUGAAUUAGUUCUUACAGUGAGCCAGAUUGUAGCAUCUAUUGUUGUCCUGUCUUUUUCAAGGAAUGAGCAUCCCCGUGCACCAUUGUUUGCGUGGAUUGUGGGUUAUGCAUCUGGAUGUGUAGCAACCCUCCCUCUUCUUUAUUGGCGUUAUCGUCAUCGUAACCAGGCUUCUGAGCAAGACUCAGCUCAACAUCGCCACACUUCACACGUUAAUGUCCCUGCCGGAUCUCUCUCUGUUACAAGGACUUCUGAUGGGGCUGAUCAUCGUACUGCAACUACGUCUCCUAGAGGUGGCCAAAAUGUGGGAGUAACAAGUGCAAGAAUUAAAGCGCUAGUGGAAUACUUCAAAAUGGCUUUAGAUUGCUUUUUUGCUGUUUGGUUUGUGGUUGGCAAUGUCUGGAUCUUUGGUGGGCAUUCAUCUGCCAGUGAGGCUCCUAACAUGUACAGGUUAUGUAUAGUUUUUCUUACGUUUAGCUGUAUUGGAUAUGCAAUGCCCUUCAUUCUAUGUGCUACGAUCUGCUGUUGCCUGCCUUGUAUUAUUUCUGUCCUUGGAUUUAGAGAGGAUCCAUCACAGGCCAGAGGGGCCACACCUGAAUCCAUAAAUGCUUUACCAACUUACAAGUUUAAGGUGAAGAAAAAUAGGAAUGCAGAUGGUAGGGAAAUCAACUCAGGUGCCAGUGAGGGUGGUGUCGUGGCUGCCGGAACGGAAAAGGAACGCUUCAUCUCUGCAGAAGAUGCGGUCUGCUGCAUUUGUUUGGCAAAAUAUGCAAACAAUGAUGAGCUGAGGGAGUUGCCGUGUUCUCAUUUUAUGGGCAAGGAAUGUGUGGACAAAUGGCUUAAGAUCAAUGCUUCCUGUCCUCUUUGCAAGAAUGAGGUUGGUGAGAACAUAUUGGACGCCAUCUCGGGAACGAGCACCAGCAUCUUGAGCUCACUUUCUGGAGCACACGAUAACCAACGACGAGCUGCGUACAGUUUGAUGAUCUUUCUUCUUAUGUGUUGGGUGGUCGUCCCUUCCAUUCUUUAUGGUUGUCUUACGGGGUGAGAUGUAGCUUGUUAGACAUACACACGGCAAUUCUUCAAUCACCAAUAUUGUUGUAGCCACAUUGUGCAAUGGCCUUGUAAAAUUUCUUACUAUGUUGGCAAUCAGAAUGGAAUUGAUUUACUACUAUGUAAUACACACUAUAUAUAACAGAAUGUUGCAGAAUUUGCAAGAAUUUUAGGUUUUGGCAUACAAAAAGCUUCGUGCUGGGGACCUAAAAGCAAUGAAAUUGCAGAAAAUUUUGAACUCUUUCUUCUAUCUUUCUUUUCCUUUCUUAAGAUGGGAACAAGAUAAUUCGUGUAUUUUUAUUUGUUUAUUUCAUGUUAAACAUAUGUAAACUAAGAAAUUAUUACGUAAGCAUGUUAAA